AUGUCCGGACGCGGGAAGCAGGGCGGCAAGGCGCGCGCCAAGGCCAAGACGCGCUCGUCGCGGGCGGGUCUGCAGUUCCCGGUGGGCCGCGUGCAUCGCCUGCUCCGCAAGGGCAACUACUCGGAGCGCGUCGGGGCCGGCGCGCCCGUGUACCUGGCGGCAGUGCUCGAGUACCUGACGGCCGAGAUCCUGGAGCUGGCGGGCAACGCGGCGCGCGACAACAAGAAGACGCGCAUCAUCCCGCGCCACCUGCAGCUGGCCAUCCGCAACGACGAGGAGCUCAACAAGCUGCUGGGCCGCGUCACCAUCGCGCAGGGCGGCGUGCUGCCCAACAUCCAGGCCGUGCUGCUGCCCAAGAAGACCGAGAGCCACCACAAGGCCAAGGGCAAGUAGAAGACUGGCCGAGUGCGCAGUUC